AUCCAAACGUCUGACAUUGGGAACAGAAUGGUGGUUCACGUUUCCUGAGUGGAGGUGUUUCUCUUUUUGCUCAAUUUCUCCCUAAAAUAAGGUGCACAAUGAAAGUGAAGGUGAUUAGCAGGAAUCCCGAUGACUAUCUGCGGGAGACAAAGAAGGACAUUCACAAGAUGCCAAGGAAUUACGAUCCUUCCCUGCACCCUUUCGAGGCUCAGCGGGAGUACGUUCAAGCUCUGAAUGCCACGAAGCUCGAGAGGGUGUUUGCCAAACCCUUCCUGGGUUGUCUGGAUGGCCACAGAGACGGAGUGUGCUGCUUCUCAAAGCAUCCUCAGAGUCUCUCCUGCCUCGUCAGCGGGGGCUACGAUGGACAGAUUUGCGUCUGGGAUCUUCCUUCGAGGACAAACAUGAGGAAUUUCUACGGGCAUGAAGGCUUCGUCCAUGGGAUUGUCUACAUGCCAAACGGGGAGUCUUUCAUAUCUGUGGGCAAUGACAAGAGUGUAAAGUUCUGGAAGGGCGCAACGCCGGAAUUUGGCGAGGAAGAGGAGCCUUUUCACACCAUCCUGAGUCGCACAGUCCUUAUGGGCAUCAGCCAUCACAGAUCCCAGCCACAGUUCGCCACCUGCGGGGAAGUUUGCCAGAUCUGGGAUGAGACUCGGAAUGAGCCACUGAAGACUCUCAAGUGGGGCGUUGAUUCGCUGCACACGGUGGCCUUCAACGCCGUGGAAACUUCCCUUCUGGCCGCCUGUGCCAGUGACAGGAGCAUAAUUCUGUACGACCAGCGAGAGGCCAAGCCACUCCGCAAGGUGAUCAUGACAAUGCGUCCCAACAAGCUCGCCUGGAAUCCCAUGGAGGCCUUCACGUUCAGCGUGGCCAAUGAGGACUACAACUUGUACACCUUCGACACGAGGCGCCUGAAGAACCCUGUGAAGAUCCACAAGGGUCACGUGUCCGCUGUGAUGGACGUGGAUUACUCGCCGACGGGUCAGGAGAUCGUGUCCGGAAGCUACGACAAGACCAUCAGAAUUUUCAGCGUGUUCAAAAACUACUCUCGCGAUGUGUACCACACGAAGCGCAUGCAGCACAUAACGUGCAUCGGCUGGUCGCUGGACAGCAAGUACAUCUUCAGCGGAUCAGAUGAGAUGAACAUUCGGCUGUGGAAGGCGAGGGCCUCUGAGAAACUGGGCGCCAUGCGACCUCGAGAGAAGAUGGCCUUCAGACAGAAUGAAACCCUGAAGGAGAAGUUCAGCGCUCAUCCGCAAGUGAGGAGAAUUGCUCAGCAUCGUCAUGUGCCGAGCAAAAUCUACAAAGAUCAGAAGAAAUUGUCGGCCAUUCGGGAGAAGGAGGUGAAGAAAGAGUUGAACCGUAGAAAGCAUUCGAAAGCUAAGAAGCACAACGACAUCCCUGAGAAGAAGAAAGUUAUAAUUUCAGAGUCUAAAUAA